CACAGUUACAUUCCUUUAUACCCUCUUCUGUCAUAUAGCUCAAUUUUGUCAUUAAAGUAACAUUUUUCACUGAUAAGCCAAAUGCAUAUAAAAAUCCUUGACCCAUCCUUUUUUUUUUUUUUAUCUGGAAUCUGAAAAAGAUUUAGAUCUGACUGGACUUUAUCUGCACUACUGUUUUUUUUCUGCCAGUUCCCCACUAUCUGUCUAAUUGACCAAGUAGUUUUCUGUAAUCCUUCCAUAAGCACUGAUUUGACAAAAUUCAGAGCGACUACGGGAGAUUUAUAUGCUGUUUCUGCUGCAGAAAAAUGAAAUUUAAUUUCACCUUUUACUAUCAGUCAAAAACAACAAGUCCUCUGAAUGAAAUGCACAGAUCUGUUAGAUAUGUAUCUGCUUUUAUGUAACCCUAUCCUGACUCGCCCUUCCCAAAAGCACUUGCCCUUCACUUGGAGGCACCCUUCACUCCAUGGCCUAGUGAUAUUCCUGGGCUGGGUGGUGUUCCUGUGCUAAACAUAACCCUUAAUGCUGCACCCCUCAUCUAAACACUGAGCAUGCUUCAAUGGCUGGUGUUGAGUUACCACAGUUUAUGCUGUAUCUCACUGGGAAGGAUUGCUAAACACGCUCUCUCAGCCGUUCUGCAUGCCAGGCAGACCCCCCCAGACCUCGACUCCAAGCCUCGAGCCAGCAGAGGUCCAGCGGAACACUCAUCACCCAAAUUGGAACGGCUGCAGUCCGAGCUGAGAGAACUUAGGGAGCAGUUUGAACAGAUGAAGACUCAACACAACAAAGAAAUUAAACUUCUAAUGAAUGAGCUGGAUGAGGAGAAGAGAAUUCGUCUGACCUUACAGAUGGAGCUACAACAUAUGAAGAAGCACAUGUCAAAAUGACAAAAAUUACUAACAAAAACACAGUAAUGUUUAUUUUUGUUGUUGUAGUUAGUUUUGGUGUGGAAUACAUUGCACCAUACUUAGAACUGUUGCCAAAAUCUUGUCCCUUUUAUGUAUAUAAAUAAAUAAAACGUCAAGAACAGCUGUCAAUAUAAUGCAGUGCAGUUCUACACAGCUCCAAACUACUUAAAAAUAGAAAUUGUUGAAUUCAUACCUUUCAGAUUACAAUUACCUUUGUAAAGCCAAUAUUUUGUUAAUACAACUCUUGUAUUAGAUUGUAAUAUGUACCUAAUGUUGAAGUGAAACAAUUUUUGUGUGUUUCCUAAUAAAUACAAAACCACCUUGAGUAGAAAACAUUUGUAA